CAGGAACGCGGUCUUGUGGCAGCCUGAGGAGGCAGGAAGACAGGAAACUGAGUCCAGUUCCAGUCAGUCGUUCCAACAGUGUACAAGAAGUUGGUCGGUCGGUCGCUCGGUCUCUCGGCCUUCGGCUAAAGUCAGGCAUUCAGGCAUUCAGGUCGUGCGCACAUCUCCCUCCUUCAUUCAAAAAACAACUCGGCCACUAACUUUUUGAUUCUCCGCGAUAACGUUUCUAGUUUUGUGCACAAUUUUAUAUCACGAUUGACACCGAUCAACUAUUUCGCUUCCAAACCGGCGCUUGGUUGAUCAACUUGGUUGGGAGCAGCUUUUUGAAUGCUUUGGGACUUCGAACAAGUAGUCAGUCUAGAAUAAUAUUAUGAUAAUGAGACUAGCAGAGGUGAGAGGAGAAGCUAGCACAAAGAACUGACAAAAUUCGCUCAAUCUUCACUCAAACUCACAGCUCUAUAAGCACGUUUGGAUUGAAGUGGUGGAAAUCAGAGGGUAAAUAUUCUCUCAAGGAGAAAGCUGAAUGUUAAAAUAAACUUAUGUAAAUUGAAGCAUAGAGCGUAGCUCCCGAAUACGGCCGGACAAAAGGAAUGGGGUGAAGGCGGUUCCUGUGUCAACAACAAGUGUUGAGAGCCUGUGGAAUUCGUUGUUACAAUAAGAGGCUGUAGAGGCAGUCGAAGGUGGAGACUACUGUAACAAGUAGGACUACACGCUCCCUGUGCAGUUGAGGUGAUGGAUGCUACACUCAUGUAAGCGAGAGACAUGUUCAAAGGAGUGCAGACCAUGCAUCUCGAACCUCCUGGUAGGAAGCCGAGAAUCAAGUCAACUCCAAGUCGGCUGUACGCGAUUCUGAGCAGGAUGCUGUUCAGUGGUGGUGCUUCAGAUAGACAGACAUUAGUGUAUGAGCCGACAGUGAAGACGAGCAGUUUGAAAAGGCCUAUUUUCCUGGUGACAGCGUGUGUCGCUUUUACCUCGGGCUUCCUAAUCGGUGUUCUAUUGCCCAUGCCGAUGCUUCAAAGCCGUCAGUCGGCGAACAUAUCAGCAGCUAUCACCAAAAACAUAAGCCUUCCCCAAAACCGCACACACAGGUCGAGCAGCGACGACUCGACCAUCUUCGCAAGCGUUUCGUUUGUGCGACAAUCACUCAGAUCGCAACCGCAUGCGGCACCGUCGACGGCCCGCAGCCGGGUUGUGGACGGUGUGUUCUGGACGCACGAAGCUGAGCAGAUGCUGCCCAGAGGCUUCGAUGAGGCUGAUGCUGACGUGUGGAGGAGGUUCCUGCAGACAGCUGAGGUGGCCAAACUGGAGGAAGGGUGCGGCCGCAUGCAGAAUCGUCUCAUCACUUUUCAUGACGGUACACGAGCAUGCUGCAGGUAUCGUCAGAACACUGAUCAAAUCCAGGGUGAGCUGUUCAGCUUCUAUUUGGGGCGAAUACUGAACAUCAACAACCUGGUGCCAUCGUCGUUAGCUGUCGUCAAAACGACCAAUCCUCUGUGGAGAAACGUCAAGUCGCAAGUGCUGACGUCACAGUGGAUGGAAGAGCGGCCAAUCAUCAUGACAAAGUACAUGGAAGAUCUUAGACCAGCUAACAUUCCCAAACAUCUUCAGUCAGAAAACAGACGACUGCAUCCGACGGAUAUUCGUGAGGAUGAAGACGUACUAGAACUCGUGCAAUGGUCCGAUCUCAUCGUGUUCGACUAUCUGACGGCAAAUCUGGACCGGAUAGUCAACAACCUCUACAAUCUCCAAUGGAACCCAGGCAUGAUGGAGGCUCCUGCCCACAAUCUCGCCAAAAACAACGAUGGUCUACUAUUGUUUCUCGAUAACGAGAGUGGACUAUUACACGGUUACAGACUGUUAGAAAAGUACGAAGCAUAUCACAGUGUUCUCCUUGAAGCACUCUGUGUCUUCCGAAGAUCAACUGUAAAGAUGUUGGAGAGUUUGAGGGAGAAAAAGAACAUCGGAAGCUUGUUGAACGAGAAUCUUUUUAACUUGAACGAUCAUGAGGCCCUGCCUGUGCUGCCUGAGAAGAGUGUCAAAAUUCUCAACGAAAGAAUAGGAAAAGUGUUAGAUCAGGUUUCUUGGUGUGAAAAACAGUACUCAGAGGAGAGCAAUAGUGUCAGGUAGUGAGUGAUCUACUCACACCUCACAUUAUCUUACGAGAAGUGAAUAGAGACAAUUGGCUGUGGCUGCAUUCUAACUUCUCUAUCUAUUGUUUCAUGAAAGACUUCCCAUAAAUCUAUAGUUCAGUGUGUGAUUGCCUUUUUGUUCAUUUUCCUGAUACGAUAUCAAAAUAAACCGCCAACAUGUGCUAGUGACUUAUUAAGGAAAUUUAAUUCGAUCCUGCUACAUCUUUUCUGUAGUGUUUGUUAUAUAGUGUGAAUACACUACACUUUUAUAUACAUUUGUAGUGAAUACACUUUAAAUAGUUGUUGGUAGAAUUUCGUCUCUUCGAUGAUAUCGGGAAUAAGACAUUGAUGACCAUGAUUGAGAAGAAUCGAGUUAUGAUAGGGAAACAAUGAGGUUUAUUCAGUGUUUCAAAAGAAAUGAAUGAUUUUGAUAGGAACGAUAACUAUCAGUAUCACUCAUUAACUAGAGUUCAUGAUAAUGGUGGAUUUUAAGAUUAAUGGUGAAAUGAUUCACGAAGUCCAAUUGUUAUUUCUGAUUCGAAAAUCUUCCAGGUAUUUAUCCGAAAGUGAUGUAUUGAAAUAAUCUAUGGUUUUAAUUCGUACCGAUACCAUUGUAAAAAUACCAAAAACCGCCACAAAAAUGUCGGCUAAUCAUUCAAUUGAGAUCUUGGUGAUUUUGACGUGUGUUUAAAAUUUUGAAUAAUUUAGUUUCUUCUGUAAUAUACGAUUUUUUCAUUAUACGUUACCGGAAUUAAUGUUAAUCCAACUGCGAACCUUAUUCAAUGUUAAAUGGUUAUUACAAUCAUAAUUAAGAAUAGCUAGGCAUUCAAUAUCUACUUCGGCACAAGACAGACGAUUAGAGAGAAGGGACUCGUUAGUUCUAUUUUGAAAUUAUUGUACAGUGUACAUUUAUUCAAAUUUCAAAUAUAUGUUUACUGGGAAAGAUGGAGUAGAAUUCAUAUGUAUAUACAAUAAAUGUUCACGAAAUAUUUGACUGAUGUUCUCCUAUUAUAGAUAGAAUUGUCAAUAGCUACUGUCGAUUAUGAAUGAUUUCUUCUUCUAUAUUUGUGAUUUUUUGUGAUUUUUUGUCAAUUUCAUCUUUUUUAGUAAUAUGAAAAAAAUGUCGGAAUAGUUUUUAGAUCGACCAAAUUUGAAUAUUGCAAUACUGUAAUCAUCAACAGUGAGAUGAAAAAUACCAACAUUGGAAGAUAGUUUUACCUGUCUUUUAAAACAUCCAUAGUGAGUACCAUAUUAUAACGGCAGCAUUUGAUUACAUUAGUGCUGCUAUCCUUGCCUAUCAUUUGACAAAGCAGAUAGCGCUAUCCUUUUCAAGCUCCGAAACGUUUCCAGAUCGUUUUUUAACAAUGUAUUAAUAUAAUUAAUUAACAAAAUAUUAAAUCUCAAUCAUUAAAAUUUAUCAUUAGAUCAUUAAAUAAUAUUUUUUCUCGACAAAUAAAAUAGAUUAUUUCAAACCAGAAUGAGUAGUUUAUAUUACAUCAAAUAUACCGGUAUCAGCUAUCCUCUAUAGAAGGCAGUGGCAAGGCCGAGAAUCGGCAACGCUGUUUUUCUAUCUUUCUUCACUGCCAUUAUAACGUGGACCUCACUAUAGCUCUGAUUGUUAAUUUCAAUACUGAACUUCUGAUCAAAUCUCAUUCCAUAGUUUUAUAGGGAUAUCCAUGAUUGAUGAUGUUAUUGCAAAUGCAUGAUGAAGUUUCCCAAGUUUUAUGAGCAAAGUUGAUAAGUUUGUUAAAUUAUUUGAAAAUAUACUGUGAUCUUUGUUGCGUAGCAUAUUGUUUUUUUGAAAAGGAAUCUUAAUACUAACAUGUAAAGAACUUGUUGAAAUUGUAGAAUUCACUCUAGUAUAGAAAUUGAGUAGUUUUAGAACUCUAUAAUGCAAAACGAAUAUUGUAUACAUGUUAUAGAUGUAAAUAUUAUAAAUAUAAGAGCUGUUACUAUAAUAGUAUCAAAAAAUAAUUGUAGACUCGAUUAAAAUUUUGUACAGAUUAAAAAAGUUGUUCAAAAAAAAG